CGGCGGCGGCGGGCCUGCGGGGCCUGCGGGGCCUGCGGGCGGCGGGGCCCGGCCAGGCCGCGAUGGCGACCAAGAAGGCGGGCUCGCGGCUGGAGACGGAGAUCGAGCGCUGCCGCUCCGAGUGCCAGUGGGAGCGGAUCCCCGAGCUCGUCAAGCAGCUGUCGGCCAAGCUCAUCGCCAACGAUGACAUGGCAGAACUCCUCCUGGGGGAGUCGAAGCUGGAGCAGUACCUGAAGGAACAUCCGCUGAGGCAGGGGGCCAGUCCCCGAGGCCCCAAGCCCCAGCUGACCGAGGUCCGCAAGCAUCUGACCGCCGCCCUAGACCGAGGGAACCUCAAGUCAGAAUUCCUACAAGAGUCCAAUCUGAUCAUGGCCAAGCUGAAUUAUGUGGAAGGAGAUUAUAAAGAAGCUCUGAACAUUUACGCCCGGGCGGGCCUUGAUGACCUGCCACUGACAGCUGUCCCUCCGUACAGGCUGCGGAUGAUUGCAGAAUCCUACGCCACCAAAGGACUCUGUUUAGAGAAGCUGCCUAUUUCGUCUUCCACCAGUAAUCUGCACAUGGACCGGGAGCAGGAUGUCAUCACCUGUUACGAGAAAGCCGGGGACAUCGCCCUCUUGUACCUCCAGGAGAUAGAAAAGGUAAUACUUACUAAUAUCCAAAACAGAAGUCCUAAGCCCGGCCCUGCUCCCCACGAUCAAGAACUAGGUUUUUUCCUAGAAACAGGACUUCAGAGAGCCCAUGUCCUCUAUUUCAAAAAUGGGAACUUGACAAGAGGAGUCGGGAGAUUUAGAGAGCUUCUCAGAGCGGUGGAAACGAGAACAACACAAAACCUGCGAAUGACCAUAGCCAGGCAGCUGGCGGAGAUCUUGUUGCGGGGUAUGUGUGAGCAGAGCUACUGGAACCCCCUGGAGGACCCUCCGUGCCAGUCACCCCUGGAUGAUCCUCUCCGGAAAGGAGCAAACACCAAGACCUACACCCUCACUCGCCGGGCUCGUGUCUACUCAGGAGAGAACAUUUUUUGUCCUCAAGAAAACACUGAAGAGGCCCUGUUGCUGCUGCUGAUUAGUGAAUCAAUGGCCAACCGGGAUGCUGUGCUGAGCAGGACACCUGAGCACAGGAGUGACCGCCUCAUCAGUUUGCAGAGCGCGUCUGUGGUCUAUGACUUGCUGACCAUUGCCCUUGGAAGAAGAGGCCAGUAUGAGAUGCUGUCAGAGUGCUUAGAAAGAGCCAUGAAGUUUGCCUUCGAGGAAUUCCACCUCUGGUACCAGUUUGCUCUGUCCCUGAUGGCUGCUGGAAAGUCUGCUCGGGCCGUGAAGGUGCUGAAAGAGUGUAUCCGCCUGAAGCCCGACGACGCCACCAUCCCGCUGCUCGCCGCCAAGCUGUGCAUGGGCUCCCUGCACUGGUUAGAAGAGGCUGAGAAGUUUGCCAAAACAGUCGUUGAUGUAGGAGAGAAAACGUCAGAGUUCAAGGCCAAAGGCUACUUAGCUCUGGGGCUCACGUACAGUCUGCAGGCCACUGACGCUUCUUUGCGAGGGAUGCAGGAGGUCCUACAGAGAAAGGCGCUUCUUGCAUUUCAGAGGGCCCACAGCCUGUCACCUACUGAUCACCAAGCAGCUUUCUACCUGGCUCUGCAGCUUGCCAUCUCCAGACAGAUACCAGAGGCUCUAGGGUACGUCCGCCAAGCUCUUCAACUUCAAGGCGAUGAUGCCAACUCCCUGCACCUCCUAGCCCUCUUACUGUCAGCACAAAAGCAUUACCAUGACGCACUCAACAUCAUUGACAUGGCCCUGAGUGAAUACCCCGAAAAUUUUAUACUACUGUUUUCCAAAGUGAAGUUGGAGUCCCUCUGCCGGGGCCCAGAUGAGGCACUGCUCACCUGUAAGCACAUGUUACAGAUAUGGAAAUCCUGCUACAACCUGACCAAUCCCAGUGACUCUGGACGCGGGAGCAGCCUCUUAGACAGAACUAUCGCCGACAGACGACAGCUUAACACAAUCACUUUGCCAGACUUCAGUGAUCCCGAGACAGUGUCAGAGUGCUCCUCCUCCUCCUCCUCUCCUUCAAGAACCGAAUCUCCUCUCCACCUGUUUGUAUCUUCUCGUCUCCAUUCUCAUCCCAAACCUGAUACCUUUGUGUGGCCCCCUGCGCCUCAUUCAUUCAGUGACUCAGGUCCCCGCCGGGAACCCUCUCUCUGCAACUCUCCAGAAGCAUACUUUCAUGGUUUUCCUUCCCUUUUUUCAGUUAGCUCUGUCCACGCCACGUCAGUAGCAGCCUCGAGAGUGGAGCAGGCACUGUCAGAAGUGGCCUCAUCUCUGCAGAGCAGUGCCCCCAAGCAGGGCCCACUACAUCCCUGGAUGACGUUGGCACAGAUCUGGCUCCACGCAGGCGCUGAUCCUUCACCAGCUGGGCCGCUACAGCCUGGCAGAGAAGAUCCUCCGGGACGCGGUGCAGGUGAACUCGACGGCCCACGAGGUGUGGAACGGGCUGGGCGAGGUCCUCCAAGCUCAGGGCAACGACGCUGCGGCCACCGAGUGCUUCCUGACGGCCCUGGAGCUGGAGGCCAGCAGCCCGGCCGUGCCCUUCACCAUCAUCCCCCGCGUGCUCUGAGCAGGCCCUGCCUCACCUGCCUCGCACGCCAAGGACGCCCUGCCUGGGCCCGGGGAGCACCCUGUGGCCCGGGGGUGGCUCUGCCGCUCCGAGGCCCCCGAGGAUGUUCCACUGACCGCAGCGAGCUCACCAACCACCCCAUCGCCGCUCGCUCCUCGCGCGUUCCUCUGCUGUUGGGCCAGCUUGGUGACAGUCUCUGAACCUUCUGGCGGGGUUCCCAGGGAUUAUGUGCCAUAUCUGGUUAGCUGACAUCUGAGUUUUAAGUGAAAUGAUUAUGGAGUUAAUCAGCCAAUGUCCAAGAGUAGAUUCAAAGGUGAAACUCAGUGGCAGAACAGAUUAUUUUUAUCAGAGCUGUAAAGAAAACAACUGUCUGUCCUCUGCUCGGCCACCACAGCCCAGAAACCAAAUGUGAAUCCUCUGUUCCCACCUCAGCACCCGUCCACGCCAGGACACCAGCUGGCGGUUUCUCGGUUUAUUGUCAAUAAUUGUACCCUGUGAAGAAUUACUGUUCUCCUCACUUAGAACAAAGCCUGAGUCCAAGAAUAUUUAUAUUUUACCAAUAUAUGCCUGUUACAAGAGAAGGAAAUAUGAGUUAUUUAAGUUUAACUUUUUUAUGUGAAUUCAGAGUUUAUUUAUCGAUGGAAAUAUGUACAAAGAAGCUUCAAAUGGAAUAUUUACCGACAUUCCUUAUACAUGGCAGACACUUGGCUAAAUGGGAAGAUGAUGUUAAUAAAAAAAUGAUUUU